AUGUUCAAAGCAAUUGUUACUGAAACAUUGGAUGGAAUUAGUUUUAUAUCCCUUGUUACUAAUGAUAAACAAAAGUUUGAAGAUUCUGAUAAAUUCUAUAAUAAUCUUGGAUUUAGAUUAACAAAAAGCUUUUCAAGAGUCACUAAUAGUAGUUCUGCUGCUGUUGCAAGUAAUCCUAAAUUACAAUUGGGUGUUGCUAAAGAAUCCAGUAGAGAAAUUUGGUUGGAAAGUUUCCCAUUACAAGAUGUUGAUGAAAAUGGAAAUGUACGCCCAUGGCAAGAAUUAGAAGUUUAUGAUGGUGAUUCUACUGAAAGAUUGACUGAAUCAACUGUUAUCAAGAUUAGAUUGUCUGCUCAUGAACCAUUAAAUACCGUUCCAAAACAAUUUGUGUUUUUCACAGCAAACUUGACAAAAAUUAAGGAGAUUUUGGAAACUCAAAAUAUCAAAUAUGGACAUGUCAAUGAAUCUACUAUCAUAGCUGAAGAUCCUUUACAUAAUAUCCUUUGUUUUUCUAGUACCAGAAACCCAUUAUCAAAGAAAAGUUUCAACUCCCCUGAAGAUUUUAUUAAAUUUAGAACUCAAGAAAUAUUAGCUGGUAAAGCUAAAGAAAGUCAAAAAUUACAAAUAAUACUUGAAGAUCAAACUGCUAUUAAACCAAAAGCCAGAAAAAAGAAAAUCGCAGUCAUGACAUCUGGUGGUGAUGCUCCAGGAAUGAAUCCUGCAGUUAGAGCUGUUGUUCGUGCUGGUCUUUACUAUGGUUGUGAUGUCUUUGCCGUUUACGAAGGAUAUGAAGGUUUAGUUAAGGGAGGUGAUUUAUUAAAGCCAAUGGUCUGGGAAGAAGUUCGUUCAUUCUUAUCACUUGGUGGUACCUCAAUUGGUACUGCUAGAUGUAAGGAAUUUAGAGAACGUGCUGGUAGGUUGGAUGGUGCCUAUAAUAUGAUUAUUAAUGGUAUUGACGCAUUAGUUGUAUGUGGUGGUGAUGGUUCUUUAACUGGUGCUGAUUUAUUUAGAAGUGAAUGGCCCUCACUUGUAGAGGAAUUGGUAUCUACAGGAAGAUUAACUAAAGCCCAAACAGCUCCUUAUCAACACUUAACCAUUGUUGGUUUAGUGGGAUCCAUUGAUAACGAUAUGUCAUGUACUGAUGUCACCAUUGGUGCAUUCUCGGCAUUAGAGAGAAUCACAGAAAUGGUUGAUUAUAUUGGAGCCACUGCUGCUUCACACUCCCGUGCUUUCGUUGUUGAAGUUAUGGGUAGACAUUGUGGUUGGUUGGCUUUGAUGUCUGGUUUAGCUACUGGUGCUGAUUUCAUCUUUAUUCCUGAGAGACCUCCAAAAGCAGCCACUUGGAAACAAGAAUUGAAAGAUGUUUGUUCAAGACAUAGACGUUAUGGUAGAAGAAAAACUACCGUGAUUGUUGCUGAAGGUGCCAUUGAUGAUGAAUUGAAUCCAAUUACUUCGGACGAAGUUAAGGAUGUAUUGGUUGAAUUAGGUUUAGAUACCAGAAUCACUAUUUUAGGUCACGUUCAAAGAGGUGGUACUGCCGUCGCUUAUGAUAGAAGAUUAGCUACUUUACAAGGUGUUGAAGCUGUUAAAGCAGUUCUUGAAAAUACUCCAAAUACUCCAUCACCAAUGAUUGGUGUUUUAAGGAACAAAAUUGUCAAAUAUCCAUUAGUCGAUGCCGUUAAACAAACAAAGGCAGUUGCUACUGCGAUUGAAAAUAAAGAGUUUGAUAAAGCUAUGGGUUUGAGAGAUACCAGUUUCUACGAUUCAUAUAGACAUUUCCGUGACAUUUCGCUCUUUGAUGACGGAAGUAAGAAAUUACCCGAAGAACAAAGAUUAAAUAUUGCUAUUGUUCAUGUGGGUGCUGCAUCUGCUGGAUUAAACGCUGCCACUCGUGCCGUAGCCCUUUAUAAUAUUUCUCGUGGUCAUAAUUUGUAUGCAGCUCAAGAUGGGUUUACCGGAUUGGCAAAGGGUAAUUUAAGAAAAUUGGAAUGGUUAGAUGUCGAAGGAUGGCAUAAUAAGGGUGGUUCUGAAAUUGGUACUAAUAGAUCAUUACCUUCGCAGAACUUUGGUAAAGUUGCAUUCUAUUUACAAAAGUACAAUAUUCAAGGGUUGAUGAUCAUUGGUGGUUUCGAAGCAUUCACUUCCUUACAUGAAUUAUAUGUCCAAAGAGCACACUAUCCAAUAUUGGAGAUUCCAAUGGUGGUUGUUCCAGCUACAGUUUCAAAUAAUGUUCCCGGUACAGAAUACUCCUUGGGUUCAGAUACUUGUUUGAACCAAUUGGUCAGUUACUGUGAUGCAGUUCAACAAUCCGCUUCUUCCAGUAGAAGAAGAGUGUUUGUGGUUGAAGUUCAAGGUGGUCAUUCCGGUUAUGUUGCCUCUUAUUGUGGGUUGAUUACCGGUGCAUUGGCAACUUAUACUCCGGAAUCAAAGAUUAACUUGAAACAACUUCAAGAAGAUUUAGGUUUAUUAUUCAAAGUGUUUGAAUCUGAUCGUGGUGAAGAUCAUAAUGGUAAGUUAAUUAUCAGAAAUGAACAAGCCAGUUCUGUUUAUUCAACUGAAUUGAUUGCUGAUAUCAUCAAAGAAAAUGCCAAUAAGAGAUUUGAAACCAGAACCGCUAUUCCAGGUCAUGUUCAACAAGGUUAUACUCCUACUGCCAAUGAUAGAGUUAUGGCUGUGAAAUUCGCAUUGAAGGCAGUUGAAUUUAUUGAAUUAUGGAAUGGAUGUGGUCAAAAACAUGAAAGAAGUGAGUCGUUUGAUGAAGUGGAUGAAAAGCAUUCGGCAGUUGUUAUCGGUAUUCAUGGUGAUACUAUUAAAUUUACGUGUGUCAAGCAUUUGUACGAAACUGAAGCCAAUGUAAAGUUGAGAAAGGGUAAGACUAUCCAUUGGGAAGAUAUGAUACAAGUUGCUGAUAUGUUAAGUGGUAAAUCGUUAUUAAAGAAGCAAAGUUCCAUCUAA